UCCGUUAAUGCAAGUCAAUUGUGGAAAGAAUGCAUUUUAAAAACUAGUUUAAAAACGCAAACGAGUUAUAUAUACUGUGCAUAUUUUUAGAUUCAGCAAACAUACUAAAGGACUAGCUAAUGCUAAAGCUAAUAAAAACAAAGUCAUGCAGAACUCAGUCGAGUCUCUCGUAAAUAUGCUGGAGUCCUACAGGGGGAGAGAUAAAGUGAUCAGGACUCUUUGCUAUGGAUCUCAACUAGUUGGUGGAGUUCUAGCAAGCAAGAACACUCCGUCUUCAUUGGGCAAAAGUCUCUUGCUGUUCUCUGCUCAGUUGAGUCAAUGCAGAACCACACUGAGACUCUUUGAUGAUCUGUCCAUGUUGGCAUACUCCACAAGCUAUAGGUUAGGAGCCCCGGAGGAGGACUCUUUGGUGUGGUGGAUGAGUGUAUUGACAAUUGUAGCCGAUCAGCUGUAUUACUCUUGUGUGCAUGUAGCCUGGGCAGCAGGUGCAGAGCGCAUCAAAACCAAAUCUGACAAGUGGUGGGUGCUAAUCUUUAAUUAAUAUCCAAACAUGAUUAGAAAUACAAAACAAGAACCAUGAACAAAUACAAAGCAUGACACAAACACCACAUAAGACUACAAUAAAAUCAUUGACAAAGAAACAUGCAAAUACAAGGGUAUUUAUACACAUACUACUCAAGGGAAACAAGAAACACCUGGAGAUAAUUAGGGUGGGGAAACAUGACAAGACCGAACCUUCAUGGUGUUUGUUGCAAAGGGAACAGAAUAAAGGGACAGUAAAUAGGAUUUUCCCCAUCUAGUGGUGAAAUUGUAUUUUUGAAUUCAAACGAAUAGUGCUCUAGCGCCUCGCUUUUCCAAAUGUGUGUUGCAAAUACGGUAGACAUUAUGUACUCACUGAUCUACUUAUCCCUUUCAGCUGGUUCACGUGUUCUGAACAAAAACACGUUGCGGUAGGCUAGUGCUUUUUGUCCCUCUCUGCUUUUAUAGUUUUUCAAUAUAGCGAAACGACGUGACAACCUUCAGUGUAACCUGUUGAAUGUAAAUAAAGAGAAGAAAUUCUAAGCUUACAAAGAAAAGUCAGAUCAUCGGCAGAAGUCAUUUGACACCAAUGAGGACGUAUUAAUGAAUUAAGACAUAUAUUUUGACUAAUAAAAUACUUAAAAAACUACACAUUGUCCCUUUAAGCAAUGUACAGAAGAGAUUUUUCUGUAUUUAACUAUACAACUGAUUUCAUCACCACAACACUAAAAGAGCUUCUUGCUGUCAUCCUUCCAGAGGAUCAGAAGUGUAAACUCAUUUCCCAAGCGUAUGAUGGAGCCAGUAUGAUGAGAGGUCUACUACUGCAGGUGUUUAACUAUAGCUAAAGAGGGGGGAGUACUUGGUGUUCAGGCUAAAAUUCAGAGCCCUCCCCUCGGAGGGCACGCCAAAUAUGCUUUAUCCCAUUCCAUAUCGAUUGCAUGUUAAUGCAAACCUGUGAAUUUGUGUGUAAAAAUGCAAGAAGAGUAAGACUAAAAUAAAUUUUUUGAUUAAGAAAAGUGUCCUGCAUGUUAAUCUAGAACCAAAUUUACAGGAACAGUAUGUAGGAUUGUGGCCAAAACUGGUACUGCAGUCACCCAACUAGUGGCCAAUACACAAAAUGACAACAUAAACAUCAGUUGAGGGCUGACCACUGUUUUCAGUGAUAUAAGUGUUUGAAAUGAAAAUGAUUUCUAAAUGUCUAGUGACAUAUCAGGGCCAUUUUAUGAUUAAUUGAUAUAAAUGUCUUACAUACUGUUCCUUUAAACUUAAAAAUUGAAAACAUUAAAUAAAACUACUUGAACACUGGAAAACGCAGUUUUUUCCCAUCCCAAUCUCUAUGCUUUACCUUCAAAUAUAAAGAAUAAAAUUAUCUUUAUUUUUUGCAUUUCAGUGUGGUUCCAUAUCCCAUUUUUGCUCUAAAUAUCUUUACCAUUGAUACAUUUAUAAUAUUUUAGAUAAAAUGCACAUUUAAGUCAUGUCCCCAGGAUCACUCAGUCCUGUUACCCAACACAUUACAAACUCUGAAAAUCUAGGAAUAUUUCACAAAACAUUUUUAAGAGGAACUGACAUCAUUUGGAUCUUUUGAAGGUCAUGUGAAGAUCA